AAGGGCUUCCCUGAGCAUGCGUUCCCUGCUCUUCCUGUAGAGAGGAUACAGAUAUACAUUUUAACGAUUUGUCUUGACACAUGUCAUACACGGCGAUUAACUCCACACGAUCAAAAUGAACUACAUGCCAGGGACCGCGAGUCUCAUCGAUGACAUAGACAAAAAGCAUCUUGUACUUCUUCGAGAUGGACGAACGCUAAUUGGGUUUCUGAGAAGCAUUGACCAGUUUGCCAACCUAGUUUUUCAUCAAACAGUCGAGCGCAUCCAUGUGGGCAAGAAGUUUGGAGACAUCCCCAGAGGAAUCUUCAUUGUGAGAGGAGAGAACGUUGUUUUGCUUGGAGAAAUAGACGUUGAUAAGCUGUGUGACAACGUCUUGCAGCAAGUUUCUAUAGAGGAGAUCCUGGAGGAGCAGCGAUUGCAACAGCAAGCCAAGCAGAAGACAGAGAAAGCCAAGGUGACCGCACUGAAGGACAGAGGCCUAUCCAUCCCAAAAGCAGAUAAUCUCGAUGAAUACUGAAGGCACUUCUGUUCCAUUUUCUUCCGUAAUACUGGACUCCUCAGUUAUAUGUUGAAUAGGGGAUUAUUUUGAAGACUAUGAGAAGAAUGUGUGCUUUGUAGAUGACGCAAGUCACACUAAAUACUGUACUGAUUUAAUUUAGAUUAUGACUCAUUGGUUUGAAAGCAAACAAUGAAUUAAGUGAUGCAUGAUUUGAGGGUAGACCACACAACCUAGAUUGUCUACAAGACAUUUGAUGAGAAAUCAAUUAUGAUUUUCAUACCAUAGCACUGAGAACUAAGUCAAUAGUAUAUAGUGAUGAACUCUGUUAGUGUAAGCAGACACAUUGUAAUGGCAAGAUUUGUUUUCCAUAAAAGUUUUUGUUAUUUUA